CCCAGCAGAGAAAAGAUCGGGGCAGGAAAUCUGUGGGUUGAGCCGUCCGUUCUCCAGCCGACGGGCAGCAUCCAGUGGAGUCGUCCGCCCUCCCCUCUUACACACCUCAUGUUCCGGUCUCGGCGAGCCAGCUUGGUGCAACGCCUCUGGAGACUGCACUGCGUGACGCCUGGCCUGGACGACAACUGCGGGGCCCUGAAGCCGGUGGCUCAUGCGCUCUUCAAGAAGCUGAAGGACCGGGAGCUCGAGCAGCUGCUGCAGGCCGUCGAGAGCCAGGGGGCCGGGGAGUCCGGCUGCGUCUGGGUCGAGCCCCGCGGCGUCAAGGCUGGCCCGUCAGCUUCACUGCUCCUCUGCCGCCUCUACCGUUGGCCGGACCUGCGCCACCCGCACGAGCUGAAGCGGCUGUGUUUCUGCAAGGCCGCUGGGGGCGAGGGCGCCGUCCACUGUUGCAACCCGCACCAUCUGAGCCGGCUCGCUCUCCCCGACACCCCGCCGCCCCCAUAUUGCAAGAUUGCCCCUUUUGCUGUACCGCUGAAGUGCGCCAAUAUUUUGGACAACAGCUGCCAAAGAUGGCAAGACACGACCCUCUCCCGCUGUUCUCUGAAAGAUGGUUACUGGUGCAAACUGGCGUAUUGGGAGUAUCGCCUGCGGGUAGGAAGGCUCUACCCUGUCCACGACGAGAACAUCUGCAUAUUCUCUAACCUCCCCAACAGCAGCGGGUUCUGCCUGGGCCAGCUCGCUUCCCGAAGCCGCAGCCAAGCUGUCCGGAGGACCCAGGCUAAGAUCGGCCGAGGGCUGUUGCUCAGCCAGGAAUCGGGUGGCGUCUGGGCUUAUAACCGCAGCGAAUACCCCCUCUUUGUCUGUUCCCCCACUCUAGGGCCUGUGGGUAGCUUCUCCCCUGCGGUCCACAAAGUCCUUCCGGGUUACUCCAUCAAAGUGUUUGAUUACGAGCGUGCCACCAGCCUGGCGGCCAGGGGCCAGGGCACCAGCGACGGUCCCCACGAUGGGCACACGGUCCGGAUCAGCUUUGCUAAAGGCUGGGGUCCCUCUUACACCCGCAGAUUUAUUACCUCUUGCCCAUGUUGGCUGGAAGUGUUGCUGAAUGCCCCGAGAUGAAGCAGUCACGGGUGGGGAAGAACAAAAAGGGGACCAUGUAAUAGCACUGCUCCCAACCUAGAUAAUUCAGGGAGGGAAAAAUCUAGCUUCUUUGCUGGAGAGCCGUGGAAGCUUUCAGUGGCUUUUUUUCCUCCUCUUUCUGAAUUCUGGAAUAUAAAUACUCCAGAAAGUAGCCUCAAGCAGGCAAAACAGACGCACUUACCAAGCAGGGGAGAGCACCACUCCGGGCUGCGUAACCCACUUCCCCCAGUUGGUUUAUCUCUCACCAGCCUCGGCCUCAAAUAUCCCCGAAACAGAUCUGCCCCGUCGUUCUGAUUUCAGAGGGACAAAACCGGGCUCGAACGCUCUGGCACCCAGGGAAGUUUCAAAGGCACCAGGUUUCUGGAGCUGAGAUUUUGCAAGUGGGAAGGAGAAAAGAAAAGGAAUUUUCCCCCCCUCCUUUUAUUUUAUUUUUUGGAAAAGACCCAGAGAGAACAUAUUAGACAUUUUACAGCCUUAGGAAAGGUGCAGGACUUGAAGCAGCGUUCCUCAACCUUAGCAACUUGAAGGUGGGUGGGCUUCUGCUCCCAGAAUCCCCCAGCCAGCAUGCUGAGUCAUGCUAAUUCUGGGAGUUGAAGAAUUCUGGUGCUGCCUGGGGAAUUCUGGGAGUGGAAGUCCACCCAUCUUCAAGUUCCCGAGGCUGAGAAACGCGAACUUGGAGGAUCUGCUAAAAGUGAGCAUUUGGUAAUAGGUUAGUGAAAAUGUUUGUGUGUACAACACGUUGCAGAGCAGCUAACAACAGUGACUAUCAGCUAGUGAUUUAAAAAGCUUUAGAAAAGGACGUCAGAAUCUUCCCUAAGUUGGCUCAAAUUCUGGGCUCUGCCGGCCAGAAACGGCCCCUGUUUCACCUUAUUGCACGCAAGUUCCCUUUAGGCAGGAAAUGAUUGCAGCUCGCUGAAGGACAGGCUGCCAAAAGCAUUUGAUCAAGACACCCAUUUUACAGACAAGCCCCAUUGAAGCCAGGAGAGGAAACCCCCUCCUCUGAAUUGCUGCAGAGGGGAUCCAUUUGCAGCACAGAAUCAAAAUCCUCUGCAAAUUGCAAGAAAUCUAGCACCGAUGCUCCUUUCAGCUCGCCACAGUUAGGACCCAAGAAAGGCAAAGGCUAAGAAUAAAACGGCAGCUAAGGAAAAGUUGCUUGGGUUUCUGAAUCACUCGAUCUGUAUCCCAGUGCCCAGUUCUCCCCUCGUCUUUUUUUUUUCCUUUUCUUCUUAGCACUUAAAAUUUUACUCAAAGUGCAUUAAGCGUAACAGUGAUUGGGGGGGGAAAAGUUGGAAUAAUCUUAUCCUAAUGCAAGGAAGGACUCAGGAAAGAGGCAGAAAAAAAUAAGUUUUUGUGUGUUUUUUUCUAGUAGAAGGCAAGUGGGGUGGUUUGGAUUGAAAAGACUGGUGGAGCCGCUGAACAACAGAAAAACGCUGAUUCGAUUGAAAGAGCGGAAAAGAAGGCGAGGGAAGUAGGAAUGGAUGAAAAAGAAUCAGAGUUAAAAAAAGAAAAGAGACAUAGGCUAUAUAAUGCAAAGGUGAUCUGACAAUUUUUAUUUUUUGAGGAAGGAAUUUCAGGCUAUGCAAUACUGUAACCCAGGACCAGAACGGGGUACUCAGGGCACGAAUCCCUCUGACAUACAGGUAGUCCUCGCUUAACAACCAUUUGUUUAGUGAUGGUUCAGACUUACGACGGUAUUUGAAAAACCAACUUAUGACCAGUCCUCACACUUACGGCCAUCUCAGCGUCCCCCUGGUCAUGUGAUCACGAUUUGGGCACUUGGCAACCAGUUCGCAUUUAGGACCAUAGCAGUGUCCUGUGGUCACACGAUCACCAUCUUCAACCUUCCCAGCUGGCUUCUGGCAAGCAAAAUCAAUGGGGAACUGCAUGAUUCACUUAACGACCACAUGGUUCACUUAACAUCUGCCGCAAAAAGAGGUCAUAAAAUUGGGUUGGAUUUGCUUAAUGACCGCUUCACUUAGCAACUGAAGUGCUAGUCCCAGUUGUGGUCAUUAAGUGAGGACUACCUGUAUUUAGUGCAAUGCAAAUUUUUUCAUCCAUUUCAUCUGGCCCCACCAUCCAGCAUUCCUGCAAUCCGUGGUUCUAGCAAACUAGCUAGCCUUAGAAUAACCUUGUCCUCUUCCCUCUGGAGUUUAAGAUUUAAAAUGAGAAGAAAAAGCAUGUUUGGGAUAAUGAAAGAUGAAGGUUUGGGAUCUAGGAGGAAGUCGGUCUAUCACGGGGCAGUUGAAGAAAAUGUCCAGCUUUUGGAUUAAAAGAUCUUAGAUUGUUCUAAACCUUAGUGGGGAAAAGAUGGUGGUUUGAGAGGGAUUGGAGCUUGGAUAGUGAUGUGGGGAAAA